UGCAGUGAACGGGACAAGUUGACUUCGACUCUCCUCAAAACUUAUCCAGUGUCUCGAUCUAGCUAAAACAUGAAGAGUGGUGCGACCGUAAUUCUCGGCCUGGUCCUUGCCGGACUUGUGGCGUGCUGUCAGGCACAGACUUUUUCCUGGGGAAGGUGUCCCACUGUGGAAGUGAAGAAUGACUUCAACACGACGGCGUAUUUCGGCAGAUGGUUUGAGAUUCUUCGCUACGAGAACACGAGAUUCGAAGAUGGUUAUAAAUGUAUCUACGCCGAGUAUUCAGCGGGAGACGAAGGCCAAAUUGGGGUAUUGAAUUCCGCUAUAAACGCGGCUACCGGGGAGCCGAGGUUGUCCGGAGGGUACGCUUACGCACCGAAUCCCGAAGUACCAGCAAAGCUGAAAGUCCAACUCGAAACGUCGUUCUUUGCUGGUGAUUACUGGGUGCUCGACACCGACUACGAAACAUUCGCCAUGGUGCACUCAUGUACUGGGCUCUUCUUCUUCAACUUCCAGUUCAACUGGCUCCUCAGCCCAACCCAGACCCUCGAGGCUGAUGGUGUGCAAGCCGCCUUGAGAAAGUUCGAAGAUGCUGGCAUUGACGCCUCUCGUUUCAUUGAGGCUGACCAGGCUGGAUGUCCAGAGUUCUAGAGUCAAUCAAACAAAUCCUUUGUCCAUCCUUUUGGCUAAACUGACGGAGUUGACGGAACGAUCCAACGAAAGUAUAAUUAAAAUCUAAAUCAGAAGAAAAUAUUGAACAAGUUUAGAUGCAAUAAGAAGUACGUGUUACUGUUAUCUGAAAAGUCCCAAGACCGGUUCAUACGUCAUGCGAAUGCUAUACGAAUUUAUACGUGGUCAAUUCGCAUCAAUUGAAAUGAUCUCAAUAUUCGCAGCAAAAACAGGGCUGUGACGUCAAAAUUCGUAUUGCAUUCGCAGGAUGGACCGGACUUCAUUGUCCUCCGGUGAUCGAACAUCGACCAUAGACCUUUUCGCAAAUACCAGGGCGCGCGCGUAAAGCUUGGAAUUAGGUGCAUUGUGGUCUAGC